AGAUCUUUCGCAUGGAAAUGAAUCGGGAUCGAGGCCGAAGUGGCUCUCGUUCAUCGACAGACGGCCGCAUAGCCUGGGUAAUAAUUCUGAAAAAUUGUUCCGUUCUCUGAGCUCAGUCUGAGAUUUUAACGCAUAGAUCGCCCUCGUUUCUGGAUUCCACGUGAUAUAUCGGUGUUUGCAAGUAUUCCUUAAGAGGCAUUAGGAUCGUAUAUUCUCCAAGUAUUGAUACAGAAUAGAUUUCGCGUUCUAGAUUGCUUGAUGUACUUUACAAUAUAUACAUGUACUUUUUAAUGUCUAUCGUACCAUUGAUUUUACGUUUCGUGUCUUAAACGAAUUUCUUAAGCCUUGUUUAAGUCGUGUGUGCGAAUUAAAGUAACAGGAUUUCAUGUUUGUGUUCGUUCAAGUUUAGUUGAUACUGAAUAAUUUUUCUCUUUUCUGUUGCCUAUGAUUUAAGAUAUAUAUUUAUUUUUUCAUUUCUUUAGAGUCUAUGGUAUCUUUGAUUCUAUACUUCAUAUCUUAAUCGAAUUCUUGAAGACUCAUUCGACCUCUCAAAGUUAAGAAAUUAAGUUUCAGGUACAAUGAAAAACAAAUGGAUUCUAGUGGAAAACUCCACGUCAUAUCCAAUAUGGUAUGUGCUAAAUAUUAAUACGAAUUAGACAAUCAAUACUUCACAGAAAUAGCAAUAAAGCUACAUUAUUCGAUAAUUAUUAUUUUAUUCAAGUUACAGUUGAAAGAAUCGCAGUUCUACUCGGAGUUUGAGAGUAGAGAAUAUUUCAAGUCAAAUAAAAUUGUAUAAAGUGAUUUCAAAUGACUUGAAUAUAUAUAAAUUAGCUAUUCUAAAUAUUUGUUCUUAUUAAUAUUACAUGUUAAAUUAAAUAUAAAUGUUCUUAAAUAUUUUUUCAGCUUUUAUCGGCAGACUCAUAGACUAAUUUUUUAAAAUGGCAUUUCAAGCUCGAUCGAUCUCGCCGAAGUUUUAUCAAAAUCCACGGUCCACACCUAAUCAUUUUCCCAUCAAUAAACGUUCCUGCUGCCUAAGCGACUACCGCAAGAAAGUUCGUUAAAGUCUUUAAAAAAGUCGCAUUAAUGUUGGAGUUAAGACCCUGCAUAACUAACUGCCGCGCCAAACGUGAAAUUAGUUUCAUCUUCGUUAUGCAACGACCAAACUUAACAGCCUGCCAACUUGCCUGCGUUUUAAAUCAAUCGAACAUUUUUUCUAUCUUCUGCUGCACCGAUGAAAGAAAUAUCGAUGAAAGAAAGAAAGAAAUAUAUAUAUAGGAUGUUAAAAAAGUGGGUGACAUAUACAUAAUGUGAAUUCAGAAGUUAAGUUCAUUGAUCUACAUAUCUACUAAUGUAUUCUAGAAUAAAAUUAGAUUCUUCAUAACUUGGAAAGAUGAGGUUCAAACGACUUUCCAAAUAUCUCGUUCUAAUACCUUGACUCGCACCUUGAAUGAAUAUCGUCCACUUCUUUUUAACGCCCUGUAUAAUAUUUUCAUUGAUUCUAUGGAUCGGUACCGUAUUGCAAUCACCAUUCGAUACAUCGCUAUGGCGUUCAAAUAGGAAAAUCAUGGAACAAUACCUACGUGCCAGGCAAUUUUAUGAUCGCACUAUUCAAUUUCCUCGGUUGUAUCGAAUCGAAUAGGAAUGGGAUACGACGCGUUUGAUAAGAAGCUUCUAGGUAGCUCUCGGGCGUAAUUGGAACAUUGGGCGUAGCGCAGCUGGCUAACUAUGCAUAACAUCUGGACACGAUGUUAUAUGGAUACACGAACAACAUAUAUGUGCUGGACCACACUCCUGAAUCGCUGCCGGACAUGGACAUGCUGCAACUGUUCGCCUCGCCGGCGGGACGAGCGUUGCUCACCAGUGACAAUCGGCGGAGAGGAUCGACGUCGACCUCCUCCUUGUCUCGAGAGUCCUCUUCGAGGCUGAAGAGAGGCAGAAGACCAUCGGGUACAGUCAGUGCGCCGACCACACCACCAAGGCAACGGAAAUCGAGCGCGGAACUGUACAAAGAAGCUGUCGAGAUUCUUGGUCUUACCUGUUCGUUGACCGAUAGCUGCCCAUGCAUCGAUUGUCAGAGUAAUUAUUUCGACUGCGACGAAGAUUUCGGCGAUGCGAGAACGGAAUUGGCUGCAGGCACGCCCAUCCUGCUGGACCACGCUUUGUCACAUCCAUUGACGUGUUCCAUACAGUAGCAGCUGAAUAUCGCGUUUCGAGUACGACUUUACAUCCGCCUGUUCUGCCAUCUGACGAAACGGAAAUCAUCGAGGUGUCGAGGAUCCAUCGGGAACGCUGAAUUCAGAGCAAAGUGGGAACGCGUGUACUUGAACGUGUACAGCGUGUACGUUUAACGCCUGUACUUUGAUCUCUGAAAACUCUCAAAACGAGAAGAUCGCGUGAAUUAGAAAAUAGAAACGAGUAUAUAAAGAGCUGAAUCUUAAAUGUUGAUUUUUCGAUAAUUUCGUUAAAUAAUUUCGUAAAAGGAAAACGAAAAACUUUCAACGCGCCGAAAAUCUGCACCAAGGUCUUGAUUCUCAUCGAUAUGCUUCUGAAAAUGUUCACGCGUCUUCUUCCAACGUCUGAUAUUGCGUUCAUUAAGUUCUUCGGCGAUAUAAUAGAUUGUAAUCGAUUGUAUGUAUGUACGUGUACAGGAAACGCUAACGUUAUAUUAUAUUAUAUGGUGAAACGACGUGUUAAUAACCCUAAGAUUUUGUAUCUUUCAAUUGCGUUCAAUCGUAAAAUCGUUAAGAAUUUACUUGCUAGUAACAGACACGAAGUUUCGAUCGUACUUAACACAAACGAAGAGCAGGGGUUUCCGACUUGAAAAACGCGAUCUCAUGUGAUUCAUUCGAUCAUCGUUCUCCUUUCGAUGGAACACGAUAUUAAUUAUAACGAUAAUUAAAAAAGGAAAAAAAAAAGAAAACGAGACACAACCAUCGCGAACGAUAAAUAUAUAAUUUGUGGACAAUACAUCGUAACGGAAUAAGUCACUGCUCCGAUUGUUUCUCCUCUUUUUAUAUGAAUCGAAGAAAAAGAUAAUAACGCAGGCUUACGUUAUUACGUAUCUAGGAAUAUCUAUGUACAAAAUAUGCCCCCUGAAUGUACAACAGUUUGCCGGUAAUCGCACCUGGCUGCUAAAAAUUGAUGGAAACAAAUAUCGAGAUAACAAACAUACAUACAAAAAAAAAGAGAUAAAACUAGAAAAUCGAAAUUCAUCGUUUCACGUUUUUAUUAUUAAAUAUUUCUAUAUAUAUAUUGUCAUCGAUACCGAAUAAAAAUAUCUAACGCGACCUUAAAUUUCGAGCAAAAAUUUCUGUGCGCGCGUACGGAGGAAAGAGAAAUAAAAUAUAUAAUAAAUGGUAUAUAUCGAAAAAAUACAAUAUGCUCGUCUGGCUCAAAUUCGACGAAUUUAUUUAUCGUCGCGAAACGAUACACAUGCCAAAUGAUAUAAAAAACAAAUGCGCCAAAUUUCUAUAUUAAUUAGCGAUAACGAUACUAAAAAUAAAUAAUAAUUAAUAUUUAAUGAACGAUAACCCUAAUAAUAAUACUAAUAUUAAUAAUAAAUUUCGAUCUAGUCGGAAGGUGUAACGUGAUUGAGACGUUUAUUAGGUAACAUUUAAAUCGUUUGUCGACGUACGCGAUAUAUGAGGAUUAUAUAUAUAUGUAAUAUAUAAUAUAUAGAUAUAUAUAUAUAUUAUACACAUAUACGUGUAUACAUACACAUUAUAUUUACUACACGUUUUAUUAUUAUACUUAUUCGAUUAAGUCUAGUAGGGUAUAUAGGGUUGUUGAACGUUUAUGAGCUCGCAAACAAGCCAAAAUAAGGUAAAGCUAAAGGAUGACUAGAGAAAAAAAAUGAAAACCAGAAAUAGAAGGAAAAAUAAGACUAAAGGAAGAAGUGUAACGCGUUGAUACUUAGAAUUUAUAUACGUGUAAAGAUCGAUACGUAUGCGUCGAACAUAUACAUCUGCGUGAAUAAGUUUUCUGAAACCGAUGCUUUUCGUUAAGUGUUCCGCGUUUAAGUUAUUUAAACACGUCGACUGCCGUUUGCGAUUCUCGCCGAUGAGAGAGCAUCGUUAAUUUUAAUGACGUUCAGGAGUUUCUUCUUCAAACUUUGCCGUUCAGCUAACAAAAUUACGGUUUAUUCUGUCUGCCUGUAGUAUCGUAAACGUUAUUAAAAAACUCACGUCUAUUUCCUACAACGUGACGUGAAACUUUCGGGCGUGUGUAAUUACGAAUAAAAUAACGUAAAUAGUAAAUAAUACAAUUUCCUGCCAAGGUUUCGUUCGAAAUUUCAAUUGUAAAGUAAGAAGAAAAGGGGCGAAGUUUUAUUUGCGACAGUCGACGUAACACACGAGAAUCGUGACUAUGUAUAAGCGACGUAACGAUAAACGAAGCUAGGCCUGAGUUACGUAAAAUCGUAGAUGGACUGAAAGAAAUCAAAAAGAACGAAUAUACGAAAGGAGAGAUAUUGUAAAAAGGGCUGGACACUUUGUUGAGUGCUUCUUUAUAAGAGAAAGAAGAAAGGAAACAAGAACAUGUAUUUACUUACAUAUAUCUAAAUCCGCGUCUAAGAUGAGUGAAACAAUAUGAGAGAAAAAAUCACAUUUAAGAAUGCAAGUGCCAAAUUAAAAUUUAAUCGUGCGACGCUCGUAAGCUUAGUGGUUCGCUAUCGAAAUCUCUUCUUAAAUUAUCCGAUAGAUUACGAGUUAAGAGAAGAAACGACAUGACAGGGCUGAAUAUUCGCAAAUUUUACCAAACUUUACAAAUCUUUAAACAUAUUAAACGCAUCGUGCUUUCCCUUUUAGAGGGAAAGGAAGAGGCAUGUCGAAUCUUCGAUGAAACAAAAAUAGAUUCAAUAAAAAGAAGAUGAUAUAUUCGACCAUUUUAUAAGUAAUGUGGUCUUCCUAAGAGUCGAGUUUAAUAUAAUAGAACUCGCCAUGAAGGUUUUAUAAAAGAGGAAUAGAAAACUUAAAAGAAAGAUUGCAAGUAUCUGAGAAUGAGAAAAGUGACGGGAAAUACAUGACUGAUUUGUUACCGACUGAGCUAACGCAGGAUAUAUCAAAAUCAUUAACAUUGUAUUGGAGAAGCAUUUGAAAUUUACUUCUUUUUCUUUCAGAUAUAAUUAUAUUAUUACAUAAACAAUAUUCUAUAUAUGAUAAUUAUUUUUUAAUUAAAAAAUAUACAUUCAUAUGUUAUCCUAAUUUUGACGCUGCUCGUGUACCAAAAUUUAAAAAAGAACGUAUUGCUUAUAAAAUGACCUGAUAUACAUUAAUCGUAAAAAUAUCUCAGUGAACUUGAAACAAUUUGAUCAAGUUUUAUACAGCUCCAGCGACGAGUCCUAAGCUUCUACGUGUUUUAUUACGUUAUCGUAAACGAGGAUAAGCUGAAAUGAAAAAGUUUCAGCCACGAUUGCUUUCUUUUUACAACGAGACAAGCUGUCGUAGAGAUGAAAGCCUGUCACAAUUUACUGAUCCAUGAUCCCGCUACGUUUGUGGAGAGCUUUCAACUUUUUUAUCGCUGCCAUUUUUUCGUCGAAUUGUUUCGUGUAUUGUUCACGAACAGAAGAAGACUUUUAAGAUAAUUUUUCGUUCGUAAUACGAGUUCAUUUUGUCUACUCGAAGAAGAUAGUUGUAGAGUCACGUUUGUAUAAUCAGAAAUAUUAUCACGACGUUGUUACGUGUAGAUAGAAGGGAAUUAAACGAUUUUUGAUCAACUAGUUACGAACGGAAGAGCGUCGAAGAAAUGACAGAUUUGUUGUAAGUUUAAUUCACAAGUAUUGUUACUUGUUAAAGCAGUUAGUAAUUCAAAGUUGUUGAGAUCUGUUCCACUUUUUUCAAAGUCGUUCUUGUUACUUGAGAAACCUCGCAUUUCCGCCUCUCUUCCAGUUGAAUUCAAACAGCCAAUCGACAUUCUAGGUCGUUCGUUUUGCGCGAUCGUCGAAUUGGUUUUCUCUCAUCGACGAAAGUAAAAGAGCAAUUAAGCAAUCUUUUUCCCAAGGAUAUUUCAGAGAAAUGCGUGAAACCCUUGCAAAUGAUGUAACGAUCUUAAAAAUAAAAAGAUGGGGGAAAAUAAUAUGUGGCUUCUAAUCGUUUUAUAGUAAUGUAAGCCGUAAUUAAGACGAGAAUGAUUCUUGCAACACGCAGCGGCGUACUCUUGGAUAUGACUACUAUUAAAAUACGAUAAAAUAUAAA